UGAUUAGGUUUUAUAGACCAUUCCCUUUCAUUCUCCCGCACACAGAGCAUUCGUUGUUUCUUCUCUCUAUUCUGCUGUGCUCUCUCCCAAAAUGCUUUCAUUCUCUUCCUCCAAAUCUUUCACAACCGCGAAAGGUUUUCCUAAUCUACACUCUCUCUCCAAUCCCUUUUCUGAUUCCAUUUCUCUCCGUUUGAACCCACCAACUAUUCUCAAUCUCCGCUCGAAAUCCCUUCAAAUCACAGCCAUUGACGCCGCUCAGCCCUACGACUACGAAACCCAACUCCGAACCCAGUUCAACAAGUCCAACAACCUCAAAAUUGCCAUCAUUGGCUUUGGCAACUUCGGCCAAUUCCUGGCUAAAACCUUUGUCAAACAAGGCCACACCGUCCUCGCCCACUCCCGCUCAAACUACGUUGACGUCGCACGAAAGCUCGGCGUUUCGUUCUUCCAAGAUCCGCACGACCUCUGCGAAGAACACCCAGAAGUUGUAUUGCUAUGCAGUUCCAUACUUUCAACCAAGUCGGUACUGAAAUCGCUCCCGUUUCAGAGAUUGCGUCGGAACACGCUGUUUGUGGACGUUUUGUCGGUAAAAGAAUUUCCCAGAAAUCUUUUUCUCGAAACUUUGCCUGCUGAGUUUGAUAUUCUUUGUACACACCCUAUGUUUGGCCCGGAGAGUGGUAAAAAUGGGUGGGCAGGGCUUCCAUUUGUGUAUGAUAAGGUAAGAAUUGGGAACGAUGAAUUUAGGAUGGCUAGGUGUUCUAAAUUCUUGGAUAUUUUCGCCAGAGAGGGGUGUAGAAUGGUGGAAAUGACUUGUGCUGAGCAUGAUAAAUAUGCAGCCGGGUCUCAAUUUAUAACCCAUACGAUGGGGAGGGUUUUGGAGAGGUUUGGAUUGGAGUCGACGGAGAUUAAUACAAAGGGGUAUGAGACGUUGUUGAAUUUAGUGGAGAAUACAGCAGGAGAUAGUUUCGAUCUGUACUAUGGUUUGUUUGUGUAUAACAAUAAUGCAAUGGAGCAGCUUGAGAGGUUGGAUAUGGCAUUUGAGUCGAUCAAAAAAGAGAUUUUUGGGUAUAUGCAUCGCCUUUAUAGGAAGCAGUUGUUUGAGGAUGAAGGAGGAUUGGGAGUUUCCAAGGACAAAAAGGUAGGGCAAAAGCUGCUUCAUGGUGGUUCUGCUCUGGAGCUUCCUUCAGAUACUCUGCCUCCCAAUGGUGCUGCUCGGGAACCUCCUUCAGAGACUGUUAAACAAACGCCUUAAAUGGACAGCUUUUGUGCUAUGUGGUAAGCUGUAAACUGUGUUAUUGUUUCCGUGGAACAUCAUUUGGAGCCGUUGUGUUCCUACUAAGGUGGGUUUCUUUGCUUGGGAAGAUUCGUGGGGGAAGGUCCAAACCUAUAUCAACUCAAAAGGAGGGGGUGGAACAUAGCUAACAGAUGUUUCCUUUUUUGUGAUGAAGAGGAGACGAUUAAUCACAUUUUUAUCCAUUGUUCCAAGGCGAGGGUUUUGUGGAAGCUUGUUUUUGCUCUAUUUGGUGUGAUGUGGAUCCUUCCGCUUUCAGCUAGAGAUACUCUUCUAGGUUGGCAUGGUUCUUUUGUGGGCAAGAAGCGUAGAAAGGCUUGGAUGGCAGCUCCUCUUUGUUUAUUUUGGUCGGUUUGGAAGAAAAGAAAUAGGAUAGCUUUUGAUAAUGAGGUUAUUUCGAUUCAAAUGAUGAAAUAUUCGUUUGUUUGUAAUCUUUGGUCCAGGUCUAAGUCUUGUUUAGAUGUAGGACCUUUACCUUUAAUCAACUUUUUUGAUUGGUUGGGUUCUAGGUGAGGGCUGGUGAGUUUUUGCUUCUCUUUGUUCUUGCCCUUUGGCAUCUCUUAUAUACUCCCUGUAUGCUUUGGGUUGCCUUUUAGGCGCCUUUUUAUCUUAAUAUAUUUUUUCUGUGUUUA